AGGAAGACUGGGGCUUUGAUGGGAUAGGACACCAAAUUGCUAAAGAUUUUGGUGUUAUCAAAUGUUAGCAAGUGUUAUCUUCUUAAAAACCACCAUGGAAUCUCACAUGGGAGAUGGAGUAGGCAGUUCGAGAUCUGCCAAAAAUAUAAAUAACUCUUCUAGUUCAGUUGAUUGGUUGAACAGGGAUAUGCGUGAGAUGAGAAUAAGGGACAAGACAGAGUCUGUUGAGGACAGUGAACCAGAUAUCAUUGAUGGGGCUGGUGCAGAAACUGGCCAUGUGAUUAGAACCACACUCCGUGGACGAAAUGGUCAAUCAAGACAGACAGUCAGUUACAUAGCAGAACACGUUGUUGGAACUGGCUCCUUCGGAAUGGUUUUUCAAGCUAAAUGCAGAGAAACUGGGGAGGUUGUUGCCAUCAAAAAGGUUCUACAAGACAAGCGCUACAAGAACAGGGAAUUACAGAUUAUGCAAAUGCUAGACCAUCCGAAUGUCGUUUGUUUAAAGCAUAGCUUCUAUUCAAGAACAGAAAAUGAAGAGGUUUAUCUAAAUCUUGUCCUUGAAUUUGUUCCCGAGACUGUCAAUCGUACUGCAAGAAGUUACAGUAGAAUGAACCAGCUGAUGCCAUUGAUCUGGUUUCUUGUGGUUCAUUCCAGAGUUGAUAGAUUUGCAGGGGACUUGCUUACCUUCAUAAUUGCUGUGUGUCGUCCUCCACAGGUGAAAGGAGAACCCAAUAUUUCUUACAUUUGUUCAAGAUACUAUCGUGCCCCAGAGCUCAUUUUUGGAGCCACCGAAUACACAACUGCAAUAGAUAUAUGGUCCACAGGUUGUGUGAUGGCUGAACUGCUUCUUGGACAGCCUCUGUUUCCUGGCGAAAGUGGAGUCGAUCAACUUGUUGAAAUCAUUAAGGUUUUGGGUACACCAACAAGGGAGGAGAUCAAGUGCAUGAAUCCAAACUACACAGAAUUUAAAUUUCCCCAAAUAAAACCUCACCCUUGGCACAAGGUGGAAGCUUGUAUCCACCCUUUCUUUGAUGAGCUAAGAGACCCAAACGCUCGUCUGCCAAAUGGUCGGCCACUUCCUCCACUUUUUAAUUUUAAACCGCAAGAACUCUCUGGCAUCCCUCCUGAAACCAUGGACCGGCUUGUCCCAGAAAAUGCCCGUAAACAGAACCACUUCAUGGCAUUGCACUCGUAAGACUCUUCUUUGGAUAUCCGUCUUUGUAAACAGAAAUCACUGGAAAGAGAAACAAUGACUUUGUAUUAAGGUGCUUGCCCAUCCUUUGCCGUGUCGAAGUGGACAUUGAUGUAU